GUCCAGGCACGUCAGACCCCUGGCAGUGCCGCGUGCAGUGCAGCCGGAGACGUCAGACCCCCUGGCAUUGCCGCGUGCAGUGUCGUCAGAGCAUUCACCACAUUAGCAGUGUUGUGUGCAGUAUAGCUGACCGUCACCAGUCUUCUGCCGGCUCUGUCCGGUCGUGAGCGCCAGUGUGAGACCCGGCUGUCUCGCUCCCUGACCCUCAGCUGAUUGGCCCGUCUCCCCAGCCCUAGCCAUGCGUCUGGUGGUGCUGGCGCUCCUACUGUGUGUAGGAGCGCCCCUCUCGGCGGCCUUUGUGUUCCCCAGUGGCGGGGUGCGCCGCGGUGUGGUGGUGAUGCCGCUGAGAGCGUGUCGAGCCAACGAUGGCACCGAGGGCCGCUGUGUGUCCAUGGUGUCCGGCGUCUGCCCCCUGUACAGGACCACCACGGACCUGCUGCUGCGCAAACCCAGCAUCUGCGCGCUCAGCUUCCGAGACGCCAUCGUCUGCUGCCCGCUGGCGGCGCUCAUCGGGACGACUGGAGGGGUCGCGCCGACCCCGCGCACCACCGCUCGGCCGCGUGUCUUCCCCGGUUUCACAAUACGACCGACCACCGCCCGGCCGGUAGUAACGGCCCCACCCACGGCUCCUCCAGUGGUCACCUCCGCUCCUCCGGUACCCAGCCCUCGGCCGGUGGUCACUAACCCUCCCCUGGUGACCAGACCGACUCCUACACGAGUCACCUCACCAGUGCCGUCCGCCCCGCCUCCGGUGCCGUCUGCCACCCCCGAGACUCGACCGACGCCCCGCUCCGUGCCGCCGACCCGUGACCUGCUGAGUCCGAUCGGUCUCCGCCCGCGGCCCACCCCGGCGGCGGCCACCUCUGCGCCCAUCACCGGCCCACGGCGCGGCUUUCGGCAGCCCGGCUGCGGCACCACCAGCCCCAUCCCGGCCUUCCACGCCAGCGGCGACUACUUCCAGCGGCCGCCGCCGUUCGCCCGCGCCGAGCGCGUCCACCUCGGCCUGCAGCCGUGGAUGGCCAUGGUGGGCGAGCGGAACUCUGAGAGAGCCGGGGCCGACCGCUGGAUCUGCGCCGGAGCGCUGCUGACGCCUCUCAUCGUGAUCACCUCGGCGCAGUGCGUGCUGACGCCCGACGAGCCCAAGCGGCUGGUGGUCGGUCUCGGCGAGCACGACCUGGCGUCGCGCACGGACGGCGUGGCCGGCUCGCACCCAGUGGCGGCCGUGGAGCUGCACCCGCAGUGGUCGCAGCCCGAGCGGCGCCACUCGCUGGCCGUGCUGCUGCUCGGCCGACCGGCCGACGAGAGCCCGCUCAUCCGGCCCGUCUGCCUGCCGCCGCCGGACCCACCGGCUGGCACCGCGCAGCUGCUGCCCGCUCCAGGUUCCACAGUGGUGGAGGCCUCGUACAACCUGGACACCACUGGUCUGAGUGACGGCUCGGCGCGGCAGCGGCUGGUGACCGGCGAGGUGCCGGUGCAGCCGCUCGGUCGGUGCGUGGCCGCGCUGGCCGGCGCGCCGCUUGCCGAGCUGCUGUUCCCCGGCGGGCCGCAGCCGGAGCCGGACCUGUGCCUGGCCGCCGGCCACCAGUGCGCGCAGGACGUCGGCGCGCCGGCCGUGGCCGCGGGCGAGGACGGCACCAUCCAGCUGGAAGGGCUGCAGCUGAUGGGCAGCUGCGCCGCCGGCCAGCCGCGCCUGCUGCUGCGCGUGCGACACUACGUGCCCUUCAUCGCCGACGCCAUCGAGAAGCUGACAAAGCCGUCCAGCACAGGCUUCUAGUCCCGAGUUGGCGUUUGUUCUUGGAACCUACUCAUACUUAUGGCAAAGUUAAGCAAUUAAACGUUCCAGCGCUGACAAACAGUAAAAAGUUAUAAAGCUUCAGUGAGCCAUAUGCCUCCCGUUCCACAUGGUACGUUUAAAUACAAGUCGUUGUGUGCAGUGUGCUAAAACGGGCAAUAAGUUCCGAGUUUAUCCUUAUCAUCGCUGGCCAGCUAGGUUGAAUGACCUUUUCUUUGCGUUCGUUCAUCCUCCAUCGCCAUAAAGUUAAGUUCAGGGCAACGGAACCGUUAUGCACGAGCGCCAAUUCCUUCUCCGUAAAACCCGAUUCCUGUCCUAGCCGACGUCUGCACAAUCGUCACGCGGCCGGAGCGCGGUCAGGCUAUGGAAGCUCGGCCUAUACCCGGUGCACCGGUCCGACCAGAGACGGCGUCACGAGCCGCGCCUCUACAUAGAGCCGGAAUUUCACAACCGGGUCGGCGGGCGCACUAGCCACUCGCCGGGCGGGCGGGCCGUUUCGCAACCGUCACCUUCCCGUUCCGGCGGCCGUCAGUCGUGCGCGCGUCACUGUGUGGCGGCUGUCGCGGCUACCUCACAACGCAGAAUGCCACGCACCACUCAGUACCAUACCUAUAGACCUCUUGGUAUCCCUCCCCCUUUAUGGUCACCCCUUUUCCCAUCACCUCCACAAAACACGGUCAUUCUAUUAACAGUGGUAUAUUUCUGAGGUGGCGGUCGGUAGCCACCGGCCGCGCGGCCCCAUAUCACGGCGGCGCGACAUUGUGCACGGCCACAGGUCAGAGGAAUGUGGGACCGGCCAGAGCGCCGUGCCCCGAGCCGGUGCCGAGUCGCCAGGUCCCACAGCGUCCAUCCCAACUGCGCUUCAUUUUAUUUGUGCAUCGUUAUAAAAAAUACACACGAGCGGAAACGUCACAAAUUACCUUCCCACCAUAUCGCAAUAAAACCCAUAUAUAUCUCGGCCACCCGUUAACACGUGGUCCGGAGCGGCCGAAUAAAUACACAAGAGAACA